ACGCGUGAUUUUUUAGCCACAACAGAGCAGCUCACUUCCGGUGUGCUGAGGGUGGACUCGCUGCUCCGCUCCGCUCCCUCACACGGCGGUUCAGCGGCUUUAUUUCCCCUGGAGGAGUGAGCGGGGAGUGAGAGGAGAGUGAGCGGGGAGUGAGAGAGGAGAGUGAGCGGGGAUUCUGAGGUAAACGGUUGAUUUUGCUGCAGUAAUGUGGUUGUGAAGCGCCUGCGCGUUAGCAUGAAGCUCAUCAACAUGAAGAAGCGGCUUCCGGUCCUUCGACAGUGAGCUGUGAUUGGCCCAGCCUGCGUUGCCAACAGCAACAGACCCUCACUCUGAACUGUGGUUAAAUGAAUUGGUGUGUGCUGGAUACACACGCACCCUUUUUGUUUCAUACUUGGAAUUUUCUUGUCUGUUUCCAUUAUUUCUGAUGUUCACCUCGGAGCAGGAAGUGAUGUUAUGAACCGGCCCCAGCGAUGCCCACUCUCGUGCAUAACUUGCGUCUGUGAACUUGCACGGGUAUAAAUCGGAUCACCCGUCGUUGGUGUUUAUCCUCCACCAGUGCCUUCUGUAUCAGCUCUGACAGAUCACCACUUGGGUUUGUAGGUUUGUAUCUCCACCAUGUUUUAGCUUCGAUUAAAACCCUCAUGCUUUAACGGACGCUCUGCUGCGUAUCAUCUCCGUUAUCAGAUAUGAAACCUCCGUAGACUGGGGUCACCUCAGACUCGCUCCUGUUUUUGUUGUGAACACCUUGCGGAGUGAACCGGACUCACCAUGCUCACCUUCAACUCCAAGUGGCACUAUCUGUUCCUGUUGCUUGGCGUGCAGCUCAUCGUCAUGGCCCUCCUGUCCCGAGAGGCGUACCACAAGAGAGUCACUUACUUUUUACGGAUCUUCCGCAAAACGGAUACAGUGAGUGGGCUGGGGGCAGGUCACGGGACGAACCGCACCGGCGCUGAUGUCUACGCCAACUUGUCCCAACUGGUGCUGUUGCCCAACAAAGAUGACAUGCACUACUGCCCAAAAACAUCUCCACUACUCAGUGGUCCGAUCCACAUCAGCUUCCCCUCAGGACUCACACUCUCUCAGGUGGAGAGGAAGAAUCCACUGGUGGUGCGCGGGGGCCGCUACAGGCCGCCGGACUGCGAAGCCCGGCAUCGCACAGCUAUAAUCAUUCCCCACAGGAACAGAGAAUCACAUCUGAAGUUCCUCCUGUAUUACCUGCACCCGUUCCUCCAGAGACAACAGCUGAGCUACGGCAUCUACGUCAUCCACCAGGCUGGUAAUUACACAUUUAACCGGGCGAAGCUGAUGAAUAUUGGGUUCCGUGAGGCGAUGAGGGAGGAGGACUGGGAUUGUCUGUUCUUCCAUGAUGUGGAUCUGAUCCCUGAGGACGACCGCAACAUGUACACAUGUGACAAAAACCCCAAACACGCUGCCAUCGCCAUGGACAAGUUCGGCUACAAACUGCCCUAUAAGGCGUAUUUUGGUGGCGUGUCAGCGUUGAGUCCUCUACACUAUCUGAAGAUGAACGGCUUCCCCAACAACUACUGGGGCUGGGGGGGUGAGGACGAUGACAUCGGCAUCCGCGUGUCUCUGGCCGGGAUGUCCAUCAGUCGUCCGUCUCUGAGGAUCGGACGCUACAAGAUGAUCAAACACAAACUGGAUGAGGGCAACGAGGUCAACCCUAAGAGGUUUGGCUUAUUGGCCAAGACGCGGCAGACGUGGAAGUUGGACGGGAUGAACUCGGUGGAGUAUGAACUCCUGUCUCGGGAUUACCUGCCGCUCUACACCAACAUCACCGUCAACAUCGGCACCAAGGAUGGCCUGCGACCUCUGACCCCUAACCCUGAGCCGAAGGAGCGUGCAGAGAACCGGCCUGGGCACUGACACACCUCUUUCUCUCACUCUGACACACGCACAAUACAGGGUCGAUGUCUGAGUGGAGUGUGUGGUUUGGGGGCGGAGCCUCUUCAAUGUAUAAAUCAGGUUAUAAACUCCAGUCCCCCCGUAAACACAGUGACAGUCCUGCGUACCUCUCUGCACGUGCUCGUGUGUCCGAGAGGGAGAGAUUCACACCAUUGUUGCCUUAAACACAAAUCUGCACUCCUUUCUCUCUCUCGUAUGGAUUUUUACUGACUGAACUUCCUGGGUUCAGAACACCAGCGCCGAGGCCCAGAGGAUCAUGGGUAACGGGUCACGGUACUAGCUGAUUGGUAAAGGCUCUGGUUCUUCAGUGAAGGAGGCGGACCUGAUGUUAUUUCACACGCCUUGUACUGUAAACAUGCUUUAGGGACUAAAGGACUGUUUUUAAAAUUAACACAAUCAGAAAUUUCAUAAUGUCAGCUGCUGCUUUACCAAUCCAUACAUCCUGUCUGUCUGUCUGUCUGUCUGUCUCCUUGCUGCAUUUAGCCAUCAUGGCCUUUAUAAAAUAACUUUAACAAGGAGGGGGGUUUUUUUUCUGCAUAAAGGGUUUGUGGUGAAUAAAUAGUAAUUUUACUCGUCGCAGAACAGAAAUCGGGUCUGUAAUGUAGAGCGUUCUGCCAAUAGAAAGACUCGCACUACAGUCAGUUACAGUAAUUUACAUCUUAAUACGUCGAUUAGCUGUAAAUUGCUGAAGCGCACGGUUCUGAUUUAACAUCUCAUUAAAACAAUGUUCACUAUGGGAGAUUUUGAAGGGGUGUGGCCAAGUGGGAGUUCCUGAAAGCUGAAGGGGUGGGGCAAGAAAUCACAGGGUGCUUAAACAGCAUCACGUGGGUUUCCCCCCACCAUAAUUUGGGGGUAACUCUUGGCUUGUAGUUAGAGCUUUAAUGAGCUUUGGGCAUGUUAGCUAAACAUAAAUAGCUCGCUAAUAGAGACCAGAAAUAAGAUGUUUAAAUCAAGCGCGCUGGUUAGAGUUGCGCUGCCUGGUUGUCGCUGGUGUACACAAAGUGUAAAUAGCUAGCUAGCUUGUUUCAUAGCUCCCAACUACUCUCGAUCUUUCGAACUAAAACGUAUGCAGCCCUAAUUUCUGCCCCACACACCGCAGUGACUGGGUACUACUCCAAACAUAAAAUACGAGGUGAAUGUAAAUAAGUUUUCAAACAUUAUAUGUGAAAUUUGUGGUGUUAUGAAAUCAACCGCAGAUCUACAUUAGUUAAAGUUACAUUGUGCCUGGGGGGGCGUGGCUGUGCUGUGCUGGGGGCCGGGUGAUUGGCUUUUGUGUAAUUUUUUUCUUUUUUAAAUUUUGGCCUUUUGGAUGUGUUUAGGGUUCCAGGGGGAGUCUGAACGACCCUGCAGUGCCAUGACAUCUUUAUUGUAAUGUUUUUUUUUUUUUUUUUCCUUCAGGUUGAUGUUAAAGUAAAUAAUGAAUCUGUUUCUUCGUUGGCAAAAAAAAGAGGACGGAUGUAUUGAUGCGUUCAGCUUUAAGACUUUUUGCACGUCUGUGAUCGACCUCUUCCAUUUUGAUACCAAAUUCUUUCUGAUGGUUCACGAUCCUCACGAAGUCUGGCCAGGAGCGAUCGCAGUGUGAGCGCGAACAAGUUCCUCAGCUGAAGCAAAGAUUUCAUACGAUUAUUUUUUAGAAACUUUUUAUAAAACUCCUGUGCUGAACAGAACGAUGGGAAUUCUCCAACACAGAAAGAGUCAGGAAUGUAAAUGCUAAAACUGAUCACCAACGCGACCCAACGUUUAAAAUAAAAUGUAAAAGAUAUUGUUUCCACCAGCGUGCCAUUGAAAAUUGUGGUCGAUUGUGCACAUGAUGAUCACGUCUCCAACAUUUUUACAAUGCCAAUACUGUACCUGUGUUUUACCUGAUUUGUAAAUAUUUCCUUGUGUUUUAUGUAAUGCAGCAUGUGUGGGUUUUUUUUUUUUUCUUCUAAAAUGCUUGUGACCACUUUUUUUUUUUUUUUUUAGUUCUGAAUGAGUUUAGCAGAUGAAGGGGAGAACUGCCACACUCUGAGAACUGAAUGUUAAAUGCCCAGACGCCGUUAUUGCGGCCGGUGUUGAUGUGCAGGGCUGCGGGUGUCGUUUUCGGUACUGCUGCUAGGUAGGGCACCCGUUUAGGGUGCAGCCUGUUCAGGUGUCGUUAUACAUAUCAAGGGCUGAUUGAUUUACUUUUUUUUUUCUCUCCUUUUACGUUUAGAAUAUUAACUGUUCUCCUGGCAGCCUUAAAGUGGUUUAAAUGAUCCAGAUGGAAGUUAAGGAUGAGGUUCUGUGGAAUCAAGACUUGAUUCUCCUUCACUUCUUCAGCUGAGCACUAAUGUUAACUCUCUCUCAGCUGAAGUUGUGGUAAUUUGUGAUUAAACUAGUACUGUAUUUCUCUGUCCAGCUGAAGAAGUGAACCCAGUCAUGAUGUCCUCAAGAUGAUCAGCUGAACUGAUCGUGUCUGACUUAAGCUCUGCCUUCACUGAUGUGUUGUGGUUCCACGUCAAUCUCUAACAGUUAUCUAAUUAUCACGGUUGCUAUGGAGACUGCAGUCGGUCUUGUUUUGAAGCAGGUCUGGGUCGAUGUCAUAUCGCAAUACUGAACUUUUUUUAAUCGCGGUGUACGAUGAUGUGAUUCUGGAAUCUGCCUUCGCUCCCUCAGCGUCGCCUCCACGUCGUGUGAUCGCGAAGUCACGGGGACGGGCGUGGUGUGAGCGCCGAGCUCCAGUCUGAGGAGGGUUUUGUCUAAACGUGCCUACAGGAGUGUGAGAGAAUGUGGGACAGUGUGAUUAUUUUUGUAAUGAAUUCUGCGAAUGGUACAUAGUGGCCUUAUAAUAAAGAUUAAUAAAGUAAACAUUUAUCAAA